UUAAACGAGCAAGCGAGAGAGAGCGAAAGAGAGAGAGAGAGAGCAGAAGUAGAAGACAAGAGACCAUAGCUUCAGUCAGAAAAUUGUGUGCCGUAAAACAACGUGAAUCGCAAAUAAUAAAAUAAUAAAUUGCUAAAUAAAAUAAUAUAUAUAUAUAUAUAUACAAAACACACACAAAUACAUACACACAAAAAUCAAAUCAAAUUCUUGUGAUUAAAGUGCAUUUCUAAUACAUACAUAUAUAUACAUAUAUAUACACACACACACGCUCACACACACACACACUCACACGCGCAUAUGUAUAUGUAUUUAACUAUACGCAUCGAACAAAUAACAACAACAAGAACCGCUAAGAAAUCGCAGUCAAAAGCUUGAAUGCUGCCCAAACAACAAAUUCCAAUUGGAGACAACGGCAACGAGUGAGAAAUUCUGAUUCGAUUAUGAAGAUGGAAGUGCUCUCGGUACAAUGUCACAUUCAGGAACAAUUCGGCGGCAUUGGGGCAACAAAAGUAAAAGACUGGACGAGUCCGCUAACGGCACCAGCAACUGCAACGGCAGCGGCAGCCGCAGCCGCAGAGGUGAACGUGGCUGACGUGGACAUUGUCGACGUGGACGUAGACGUGGACGUGGAAGCUGAUGUUGUGGAUGGCCAUCCGGCGUCUGUGCUGCAUAUGCGUCAGCAUCAGGCGCUCAACACGCGGCCGCGCCUCUCCUCAACAGCCUCGGCCUCAGCCACAUCGGCUGCGGCCGCCAAACCGCCCGCAUCCCCCAUGGCGGCCAGCUUUGAUAUGCUCAACGGCGGCAGCGCUGUCGCCGCAUAUAUGUCAAACGUUCUGCAGGCAGGUCCGCCGGCCACGCUGCCCGCGUCGCCGCUGCAGUCGACGUCGGCGGCACGCUUCGGCGCCAUUGACAAUCUGGACGAUGUGAACCCGGCUGCCGUGCAGGAGCUUUCGCAGCAGCUGCAGGCCAAGCUGCGCGACGCCAAGAGCCAGCAUCUGGACUGCACCGAGGUGACGCUGCCCAACAAUCUGAUGUCGCGCAUUGCUGCCGAAAUAAUACGCAUGUCGGAGCGGGAGCCGUGCGGCGAGCGGGCCUGCACCAUAUUCAUAGAGUUCGAGAGCGAGCCGAACAACGUCAGGCGCAUUGCUUCGUUCAAGGUGGAUCCGGAGACGGUCUCCAUAUUCGAGCUUUAUCUGACGCUGAAGCAGGACAAGAGCGGCUGGACCUCCCUUCUGCCGCAGUUUCUCAAAAAUUUAACGCGCAGCAAUACGAUUAUGAUCAGUCCCGAUUUUACUUUGACCAAGAACAAGCUCUACUCGCCGAGCAGAGGCAGCAUCAUAUGAGGCAAAUGGGAAGGCGUGGUAGACUUGGCCGUGGGCGUGCAAAAGGGGCGUGGCGCUGCACUCGACUCAUUACACAAUCCCUCCGAAUAAGUAAAUGGUGAAUAAGAAGAAGCAGAAGAAGAAGAACAGCAGCAGCAGAGCCUAGCAAGAACCUCACGUCUGCGUCUCCAUCGAAACCCAUCCAAAAAAAAACAAACAAAAUAUUUAAAUAAUUAUAAUAUUAACAAAAACAACCCGUAAAGAGGCAAACUUUGGACCACAAUUCAACACAACCCAAAUCAACUCAACAAAAAAGAACAAGAAGAGGAGGAGAAGGAGGAGGAUUAAAAACAAACCCAACCACAAUUAUGUAUUUUGAGAAAAAUCCCAAAACAAAUCAACUGCAGUUGCAGGCAACUCAAAACUCUUAUUGGACUGACUUUUUGGCUUAUAAGAAAACAAAAACAAAAAAGGAACUUUUUGAAAAAAAAAAACCAAAAUCAAACGAAAACAA